AUGUAUAAAAAGUUGCAAGCAUUGGGUUUUGUCAUUAACAAUGAAAACUCAGUUGUAAUUCCUUGCCAGAGAAUUGUGUUCUUUGGGUAUAUUUUAGACUCUGUUUUGUUCAUGGUAUUUUUGCCUGAAGAAAAAAUACAAAAAAUUAUUUCUAAAGCUUCAAAAUUGUUACAUCAAGACUCUGUCAGGAUAAGAGAUCUAGCUUCAUUCAUUGGUCUUUUAAUAAAUGCUUUCCAUGCAGUUCUUGAAGCCCCAUUACAUUACAGAAGUCUUGAGCGGCUGAAAGUAGAAGGUUUAAGCCUGUUCGGUGAUUAUAAUGCAGUACUGAAACUUACUGAUUUAGCAACCAAUGAAAUUGAAUGGUGGGUCAAAAAUAUCAGAGCCAAAAAUGGUAAGAAGAUAAGACAAGAUUCAAUUUCAACUUGGAUUCAAUGUGAUGCGUCGAAUGCAGGCUGGGGUUGUUUUCAUGUUGAUUCCUCUGUUACUGUUGGAGGCAGAUGGACUCGUAAGGAAAUGAUUUAUCAUAUAAAUUAUUUAGAGUUACUUGCAAUUUUCUUUGCUUUAAAGUCUCUUUUUUCAAAACAUAGGGAUAUUCACAUUGGCAUCCAAUCAGAAUCUGAUAAUACAACUGCAAUUUCUCAUGUGAAUAAAAUGGGUGGUAUGUGUUCUCCUGAUAUGGACAAUCUUGCAAAACAGAUUUGGAGUUGGUCUUUGGAAAGAAAUAUAUUCUUGUCAGCUUUCCAUUUACCUGGUUGUAAUAAUUUGCAAGCAGAUUUUGCAUCUCGUAAUUUCUCCGAUACAACUGAAUGGAAGCUGAAAGAGGAUAUCUUCAAAAGACUUUCCAAACAUUUUAUGCAACCAAAUAUAGAUUUGUUUGCUUCACGUUUAAACAAGCAAUUAGAUUGUUAUGUCUCUUGGAUGCCAGACCCUGGUGCUUGGGCAGUGAAUGCUUUUUCCCUGAAUUGGAAGGGAUUAGAACCAUAUAUUUUUCCUCCUUUUAACCUUUUGAGUAAGGUCUUGAAUAAGAUUAUGGAGGAUGAAGUUGAAGAAGCUCUUUUAAUUUGCCCUUUCUGGCCUAACCAGACCUGGUUUCCAUUGUUUCUUCAUAGAUUGAUCUGUCUUCCUAUAAGGUUACCAAGACACCGAGAUCUUCUUCGUAUGGUACACAAUCGACAACUACAUCCUAUGGGAAAACAACUGUGCUUGAUUGGGGGUCUUGUCUCCGGUUGUUGCUCCAGGAUAGAGGAGUUCCAGAAGGGGCUAUUGACACGAUUUUCAAGAGCUGGAGGAUUGGAACUAGGAAACAGUAUUCGUCAGCGUGGAGGAAGUGGUCUAUGUGGUGUUGUAUCAGGAGCUGUAAUCCCGUUUCACCCUCUGAAACGGAUAUAG